CUGAGGACGCGGGGGACCAUGGUGAGCCGCACUGAAGGGGCAGCGUCGCGUCGGGACUACAGGUCCCAUUGUAUCCCGCGCGGGUUGGAACUACACAUCCCAUAAUGCCCCGCGGUGGCCGGGCUGAGUCCGGCUGUGGCUGGCGGCGGCUCUCGGAGAGGCUGGUUUCUAUUUAAACUCAGGCAAGGAGGAAAAUGGCGGCGAGGAGCUGAGUGUGGGGGACUUGGGGGAAAAAAGGAGACACUAGCGAGCUCUGGAUCCCUUCCCUGCAUUCAUGCAAAGUAUUUUGAGAAGACCAGUUUAGAAAGCGGUCACUACACUAUUUCUGAACACCAAAAAAGCAGGAGGUGAUUUACAAUGAUUACUGAUCCUGAUGGUCCACUGAAAAGUCUUCUCUGCUUGAAUGUGUGUUAAGGACAAUUGCUGAUGUAACCUCAGUUUGCUGUUGCUGAGUCAAAAUGAGUGGACUGGGAGAAAACUCCUUGGACAGCUUGACCAGUGAGUCAAGGAAACGCAAGCCAUUACCCUGUAAUGCCCCAGGACCAGGUGGUGAGAAACGCCGACGUGAGCAGGAAAGCAAAUAUAUUGAGGAGUUAGCUGAGCUGAUAUCUGCUAAUCUGAGUGACAUUGACAAUUUCAAUGUCAAACCAGAUAAAUGUGCAAUUUUAAAGGAAACUGUAAGACAGAUCCGGCAGAUAAAGGAACAAGGAAAAACAGCAUCCUGUGAUGAUGAUGUACAGAAGGCUGACGUAUCUUCUACAGGUCAAGGGGUUAUUGAUAAGGAUUCAUUGGGACCUCUUUUACUACAGGCAUUGGAUGGUUUCCUGUUUGUAGUAAAUCGAGAUGGGAACAUUGUAUUUGUGUCAGAAAAUGUCACACAAUAUCUGCAGUAUAAACAAGAGGAUUUGGUUAAUACAAGUGUCUACAGCAUCUUGCAUGAAGAAGACCGGAAGGACUUCCUUAAAAACUUACCUAAAUCUGCAGUUAAUGGAGUUGCUUGGACCAAUGAAACACCUAGACAGAAGAGUCAUACGUUUAAUUGCCGCAUGAUGGUAAAAACAUCUCACGAUCUUUUGGAUGAUGUGGGCAGCAACCAGGAUUCGCAUCAGAGAUAUGAAACCAUGCAGUGUUUUGCUUUAUCUCAACCAAGAGCUAUGAUGGAAGAAGGGGAAGAUUUGCAGUCCUGUAUGAUUUGUGUGGCAUGUCGCAUCACGACAAUGGAAAGGGUAUUUCCAACAAACCCAGAAAGCUUUAUUACGAGACAUGACCUUUCAGGUAAACUCGUCAACAUAGAUACAAACUCAUUACGGUCUUCCAUGAGACCUGGCUUUGAAGAUACAAUCCGUCGGUGUAUUCAGAGGUUUUUGUGCCAUAAUGAUGGACAGUCCUGGUCAAACAAACGCCACUAUCAAGAAGCUUAUAUACAAGGCCAUGCUGAAACUCCACUGUAUCGGUUCUCCUUAGCAGAUGGUACUAUAGUGACAGCACAAACAAAGAGUAAACUGUUACGAAAUCCAGGAACUAAUGACCGUCAUGGAUUUGUCUCCACCCACUUCCUUCAAAGAGAACAGAAUGGAUAUCGACCAAAUCCCAAUCCAAUGGGACAAAACAUCAGAGCAUCUACAGCUGGAAGCACAAAUUCUGUUGGUGCUAUUAUGAACAUGUCACCAGGUCAAAGCAUGCCAAUGCAGAACAGAAACUAUGGCAUGGGAGAUCCCAGUGUGAUGGGACAGAUGAGCGGCAUUAGAUACAUAGGUCCUGGUAAUAUUGGACCCAUCAACUCUGGACCAGGAAUGCAGUCCUCUCCUUAUCAGAACAACAAUUAUGGGUUAACUAUGAGUAGUCCACCACAUGGUAGUCCCAGCUUGAUUUCCAGCCAACAGAACUUAAUGAUUUCUCCUAGGAAUCGUGGGAGUCCAAAAAUGGGUUCACACCAGUUUUCUCCAGUUGCAGGUAUGCACUCCCCAAUGGGAUCUGCUAGCAACACUGGCAACAACAGCUUCUCUAGCAGUUCCCUUAGUGCCCUUCAAGCCAUUAGCGAGGGGGUUGGAACUUCUCUUCUAUCAACGCUUUCCUCACCGGGUCCAAAAUUGGAUAAUUCCCCAAAUAUGAAUAUAGCUCAGCAAAGUAAAAUGGGCAACCAGGACUCAAAGAGUCCUCCUGGCUUGUAUUGUGAACAAAGUCAAGUGGAGAGUUCUAUGUGCCAGUCAAACAACAGGGAACUCCUUACUGACAAAGACAGUAAAGAAGGAAAUCUGGAAGGGUCUGAGAGUCAGAGGGGACCAAAUGAAAGCAAAGGUCAUAAAAAGCUCCUUCAGUUACUCACAUGCUCCUCAGAUGAGAGAGGGCAUUCUACUUUGUCAAACUCACCAUUGGACUCUGGUUGUAAAGAAUCUUCUACCAAUGUUACAAGUCCCUCAGGAGUCUCUUCUUCUACAUCUGGAGGGGUCUCUUCCUCAUCAAACAUGCAUGGGUCCCUGCUACAAGAAAAGCACAGGAUUUUGCAUAAAUUGUUACAGAAUGGUAAUUCUCCAGCAGAAGUAGCAAAGAUCACAGCUGAAGCUACUGGUAAAGAUACCUACCAUGACUCCAGCAAUACAGCCCCCUGUGUUGAAGGAGCUAUCAAACAGGAACAACUGAGUCCUAAGAAGAAGGAAAACAAUGCUCUACUCAGAUACCUUCUAGACAAGGAUGAUAUAAAGGAUCCACUUUCAAAAGAAAUGAAACCUAAGGUAGAAAGUCUGGAUAAUAAAAUGGGACACUGCAGUAGUUCCACUAUUCCUACUUCAAGUAAAGAAAAAGAGAUUAAAAUAAAAACAGAACCUUCUGAAGAGAUGAGUGGAGACUUGGAUAAUUUGGAUGCAAUACUGGGUGAUCUGACUAGUUCUGAUUUUUACAAUAAUGCCAUGUCUACAAAUGGGAGUAGUCUUGGAACUAAGCAAACAUUAUUUCAAGGAAAUGCCCCAUUGGGUCUGAGAAGUCCCCAAUCUGUGCAGACUACCCGUCCUCCUUUCAACAGAGCCAUGUCUUUAGACAGCCCAAUACCUGUGGGUUCAAGCCCUCCAGUGAGGAGUGUCAAUGCAUUCUCCAUGUUACAAAAGCAAAACAUCAUGAGUGGGAGUCCAAGAAUGAUUGAGAACCAGGAAAAUUUUGGAUCAAACAUGGGUGGACCCAACAGAAAUAUGGCUAUGAAUCAGCAUCCAGUAGGAGACUGGGUUUUGCCAAGCUCUAAGGUUAACAGACUGGAACCUACAAAUUCUGGUUCAAUGGUGAGAUCAGGACAAGACUAUAACCCAUCCCUUCCCAGACCUACAGUGGGUGGCUCCAUGCCUGGUUUGCCCAUCCGAUCUAAUAGCAUACCUGGUACGAGACCAGUGCUACAACAGCAAAUGGUUCAUAUGAGGCCUACUGAGAUUAAUAUGGGUAUGGGAGGUAAUCCUUAUGGGCAAACAGGACCAUCUAACCAGCCAGGAUCAUGGCCUGAUAGCAUGCUGUCCAUGGAGCAAGGACCUCGAGGUUCACAAAACAGACAAUUAGUUAGAAGUUCUUUGGAUGAUUUCUUAUGUCCGCCUCCUAACAUGGAAGGCCAGAGUGAUGAAAGGGCUCUUUUAGAUCAGCUGCACACCUUGCUGAGUAAUGCAGAUGUCACAGGACUGGAGGAAAUUGACAGAGCAUUAGGAAUUCCUGAUCUUGUAAAUCAAUAUAUUCUUUGUUUGUUAAAGGGGCAAACUUUGGAACCGAAGCAAGAUUCAUUUCAAGGUCAGGAAUCUGCAGUUAUGAUUGAUCAGAAGCCUCCAUUAUAUGGUCAGCCCUAUCAGGGUCAAGGGGCAGCAAUGUCAGGAGGUUUUACUAACAUGCAGGGACAACAGCAAUCCUUCAAUUCAAUGAUGAAUCAGAUGAGCCAACAGAGUAAUUUUCCACUGCAAAGUAUGCAUCCUAGAGCAAAUCUAAUGAGACCCCGAACCAAUACACCAAAGCAGCUCAGAAUGCAACUCCAGCAGAGGCUUCAGGGGCAGCAGUUUUUGAAUCAGACCCGUCAAGCACUCGAGAUGAAAAUGGAAAACCCAGGUACUGUUGGUACCCCAGUCAUGAGGCCGGUCAUGCAGCCGCAAGUGGGGUCACAGCAGCAAGGUUUUCUUAAUGCUCAGAUGGUGGCUCAGCGCAACAGGGAGCUAAUAAGUCAUCAUAUCAGACAGCAGAGGAUGGCAAUGAUGAUACACCAGCAACAACAACAACCUCAGACCUUCAGUCCACCACCAAAUGUGACUGCCUCAGGAAGCAUGGACAGUUCUCUGACAGGUCCCCCAAUGGCUCAAGUUCCUUCACAGCAAUUCCCAUAUCUGCCUAAUUAUGGAAUAAGCCAACAACCUGAUCCCACGUUCAGUAGAGUAGCAAGCCCUCCCAACCCAAUGAUGUCAUCAAGAAUUGGAGCCUCUCAAAAUCCCAUGAUGCAGCACUCUCAGACAGCAGCAAUGUACCAGUCCCCUGAGAUGAAAGGCUGGUCAUCAGGAAACAUGACCAGGAGCAGUUCUUUUCCACAGCAGCAGUUCAGCCAUCAAGGGAGCCCUACAACUUAUAAUCUGAUGCAUAUGAAUGGCAGCAGUGGUCAUAUUGGACAAAUGAACAUUAACACCAUGCCUAUGUCAGGGAUGUCUAUGGGUCCAGACCAGGUAUCUCAUGACUGUGGCUCAAGAGACAAGAUGGUCACUUAAGUAUUACUGUGCUUGGGGAAAUUCCGGAGACCAAAAUACUUGAAAAAGGACAACUGUAUCUGCUGAGAUUUUUGCAAGUUAUCUGCAAGACCAUCUUCAGUCUAAGAACAAAGGUUUCAACUAGAUUAAACUGACCAAUUCACAUUGGAGAGGGGGAGUAAAAUUAAGUGCACAGUUUGGUUUCCACAUGUGUAAAAUGAGCAAAACGUCCUGUGAGAAUUAAGAAGUUAACAUUUGUAAAGCAAGUGUUUGGAGACAAAAAGUGUUGUGCAAUAGAAGUACCGAGUCCAAUAAAGGCGAUUCUUCUCCCUAAAAAUGGAUUCUCUUAAUACUUUAAUCUUCAAAAUACACACUGGGCCAGACAGUGUGUGAAGAUGCCUCGAUAGCUCAGUGGUUAGGGCAUUCACCUGGGCAGUGGGAGACCCAGGUUGCAGUACUGUUGUUCCAAUGAAUAUUUAUCCACAAUGGAGCAGCUCCAUUAGGAGACCACUGAGAGAGACCUGGCCCUAGAAUACUCCACAUCUCAGUGGUCAGGGAAUUUUCCUGUGAAGUGGGAGAACCAAGUUCAAAUUCCUGCUUCAUAUCAGGCAGAGGGAGGAAUUGAAUCUGGGUCUCCCACAUCUUGGGUGAGUGCUCUAACUAAUGGAAUAAAAGUUAUGAGAGGGGGCACCAUCAUCUUCUCCUUCCCCAUUUUGUGUGUGUUUAGACUUGCUUUGAGCAUGCCCCUAAAUUGGGCCCUGAUGGUAAGGUAGGCAGGGGAACACCUACUUGGUGAAUCAUCAGGACUUGGUGACUGGACAAGCACACAGCCACCUAAUAUUUAGGCAACUUCAGGAUUUUAAUGGUGGAAACUUAGGUGCCUAUAGGGUUAUGUGGCACCGAGUAGGAGUUUUGUGAAUGCCAGCAGUGCCUACAUGGUGGCACAUAAGUUCCUUAGUGCCCCUUGUGAUUCCAUCCUGGUGUUUUUCUGAUACUUGUUCUUUUUUUGUUUUCCUUUAACAGAAAUACUGCUGACACCUAAAACCGUGAUCUCCCAAAACAGAAUGAUCUAUAUUAAUGAUGAUGCACUAGUAUUACAAAGAAAAGCUACAUAUUCUUCAUGGCAACUAGUACUGGCCUUAUGGAAAUAACUGAUUUUUUCCAGCUGAUCACCAAGAUGUCCCAAGUGACUUCAUACAAAAAAGACAUUUUUUUUAGUAGGAGCAGAGUCUCUGUAUUACUGUAUAUUGUGGUGUACAAAACAAUGGUCAUAAAUAUUUUUGGCACUCUGCCUCUAGAAAUGUGAAUUUGGGAAUGGCAUUUUAGUAAAUAUGAUGGGUAGACUCUAUGUAUACCAUUUCUAUUUACUAUAGCUAUCCAAAGCCCUUUAACUAUAGGCAGGCAAUAGUGCCUGGAGAAGUCAUGGUAGAUAAGAAUUCUGAUUUCUCUAGUAAGAAUAUCUGACAGAGAAUGUAGUUCCUAGCCUUGACUCUUUUAUAUUAAUUCCUGAAUACAAAUGCUGCUUUUAACCUCUUAUCUCCAGGAGUCAGGAUUUCCAAGCAUAGUGGCAAUGAAGAAUGAAUUGGCAUGUAAUGUUCCAAAAUCCUGCCCAUUGAUGCCAAGGGGGGGUUAUAGAUAAAUAAAUUAAAAUUAUUUAAACAUAAUUGUGACUAAUAUUUAAAUUUUGAUGUGCAGCUGAGUGCACUUUAUAAAAGGCUAUAUAAUGGAUUAAUGCAAUAUCUUUGAUAAGGAUUUAAUAAACCGAAAGGUAGGGUGUACUCAUGUUCUUUUUCAAAUCCAGUCUUUUAAGAAUUGUUGAUUGAAAAGACUGUGUACUGUAAUGUUUUAUGUUAUUGGAAAUUAGAGCAAUAAUCCUUCAUGGUUUUGGGGGAGGGGAGAAACCUUCAGAAAAAUCAAGGCAAGGCACUGCAGUCUGAAUCAGAAUUUUGCAGGGUUUUUUUUUUUGUGAAUAAAUUUUGUAAAUAUGAUCUUUAAGAACUGUAUUAUAUAUAUGACUUUUGUAGGUCACUAACUCAUUUUUGCAGAGUUUGUGAAGCUAAAUAUUUAACAAAGUUGAUUUCUGUAAACUCAUCUUAGUUGAGGUCCAGAUAGAAGACCUUUCCGUUUUUUUUUUUUAAUUUAAUGACCUUGGAGUUGGGUGACUUUGACCCAUACUUUUUUCUUCUUUGGUCUUUGCCACUUAUUUUAUAUCUUUAACAUAAUAGCUUUUUUAAAAGAUCAUUUGUUUAGGGUUAAGCAAUUGGUUAAUGCUUUCUCCACAUAAAGUGAGCACUUUGUUACAUUUCAUUUUUUAUAUAGGGCAAUUUGACAAAAAAGGCUCCCUGGAUUGUAAGCUGUCAUGACUUGUCAUAACAGUUCAUGUGGUUUUAUAUAGCCUUUUUAGUUAAUGAGUCCGUAUUGUCAGGACUUUUGGUUAUCUUUAAUGAAUCGUAAAUGUUUUUCUAGAGAAGAUGCCUAUUGCUAAGUAAAGUAUUUCUUGUUACUUCACCACCAUCACAUCUUACAGCAAGCAACUCAUUUGUCACAUGACAUCCAGAAAUCUUUAUGGAUAUUAAGCCACAGUUUAACCAAAUGUCUGCACCUCUUUGGAUUGUUCUACUGUAAUGAAUGUAUUUUCUAAACAAGUGUCUCUACUAUCAGUAUUCAUGUUAGGUUACAAGUCUAUUCAUCUUUAUCUGUUGACAGGUUGUAUUUUUUGUCCAUAAAACAAAGAUGCUAUUACAGAUUAUUCACUUUCAGACAGAUGGCGAUUGAAACCUGGAAACUUCCAUAAGGGUGUGAACCAGAAAUGUUUUAAGGCAUGUGGUGCUUUUGUUCUAUUGUUCAUUGUGUAAUGGAAAACAGACUUCUCCUGAGUGAAUGAAAAUCAGUGAUUCUUUCUUUUUGGUACUGUAACUAUGAAGUCAUAUUUUAUUUUGCAGUAACCUGAAGCAACUUCCGUGUUCUUCCAUUUUAAGGAAAAUAAUUUUCUGUGCAAAAAUUCACACAACUUUGAUCCUAUAUAUACAAAUACAGUCCUACUCCCUAAGACAGGCAGGCACAAUAAAAAUCUGCUUUUUAUGCAGCUUAGUCUGUACAAUCAGCAUUGAGAACAUAGAUUUGGCUGUAGUAAUUUAGUUGUUUCCACUCUCAGUCUGGUUCAUCUGUGUUGUAAUGCAUGACAUUUAAAAGCAUAAGGAACUGUUUUCCCCUUUCUUGCUUUUUAGAAUCCACCUGCUGUUUGAGUCAGUGCAGCAUAAUGGAGUUGAAAGGCAACAAUCCCUUGCUUUUUAUAUUAAAUCAGAAUAGAAUGAUUUUAUAUCUUGUAGUUGUUCAUUAUAUUGAUGGAAGCUGCAAACCGUCAUUGCUUUGACUAGUGAACUCUUCAGGAUAUGUACUACUUAAUGCUUUUUGCCCUUAAAUUUUUUUUGUGUGUGUGAAUGAUUCUAUUUAUAUUUCUAAAAUGUAGUACUGGAUGGAUGUUACAAAAAAUCCUCCUUCCCUCAUCUGCUUUUAGAAUGUUGUUUUUUUUCCAGUAAUUACUUUGCUGAAUCCAAAGAUUUGUUUUAAUUCAAAUAUGAUAAAAAGAUAAGCCUUUUUAAAUCAGUGUUAUUGAAACCUUUCAAGGUAGCAAUCUAAAUAGUUCACCUAGGUUGAAAAGUGUAUUUACUAAACUAAAUAGUCCUUUGCUUUGGUGGUAUUUGAUAUCUCCAAUAACUGUGUUUUGGUUCUACAGCAGCAAAGUUUUCUGAAUGAGUCAAGAAGCUGUAUAACUGUUUUUGACAAUACGAUCACAGUACUAGAAUAACCAAUUGGAUCACUACUGCAUAGCAGACAGUCUCACUAUAUGCCUGGCAGGUUUCCUGUUGAUUAUAGAAACCAUGUGUUAUAAAAUCCACAAGCAGUUUUUUAUUCAAUCUCAUCCUAAAUUUGUGCUUUUAAUGUGAGGAAUUCAAGAGCAUUUUUUAAACCUCUAAACAAAACCAUUUGAAUGUUGCACCAAUUAGCACACAUUUUAUUUUAGAUUUUAAGUGCAAACUGAUGAUAGAAUGAUACAGCAAGUAUGAAACCAUAUAAUUCUGAGAGCAAUAUUUAAAAAAAAAUUCUCAGGAGAAGGCAUACAGUAUUGAGAAUUGCAUUUAAAUUUAGUUUACAUUAAAGUACUGCUUGAAAUAUGUGUAUCUUUACAUUGCAAAAACAAAAAACCAUGUGGACUGAUUUAUAAAGGGGUUGGUUAUAAAGUAUUACUGCUCUUCUGAUUUUUUGUGUUUUGAUGUUAAUAAUAAUGUAAAUAAAGGUUUCUAUUUAAAACCA